AUGGAGAAAGGAUCGGUGGUGGGGAAUCUCGCCAAGGAUCUGGGACUGGAAGUCCGCGAUUUAUCCUCCCGGAAGCUCCGGGUUAGUGGAGAAAGAGAAUUCUUUAGUGUGAGUUCAGAGAGAGGGGACUUACUUGUUAGGGACAGAAUAGACCGAGAGCAGAUAUGCCCCCACACAAGAGUUUGUGCUCUGACAUUAGAAGCUGUAGUGGAAAAUCCCUUAAAUGUUUUCUAUAUCAACGUGGAAAUUGAAGACAUAAAUGACAAUCCACCCCAGUUCAGGAGAAACAUCAUCAAUUUAAAUAUUUCUGAGUCUACCCUGCCAGGUGCGAAAUUUGCAUUAGACCCCGCCCAUGAUCCAGAUACAGGACUCAAUUCCCUCCAAAUUUACUACCUAAGCACCAAUCCUGUAUUUUCCUUCGAAGUAAAAAAGAAAAAAGAUGGCAAUAAAUACGCGGAACUUGUGUUAGAGAAACUUCUAGACAGAGAAAGGCAAAGUUCCUAUCACUUGAUCCUGAGUGCAGUGGAUGGCGGGAACCCAGCACGAAGCAGCACGGCUCAAAUUAGAAUCAAGGUCACCGACGCCAACGACAAUGCCCCUGUCUUCAGCCAGGACAUCUACAAGGUCAGUCUGCUAGAAAACCUGCCUCCAGGCUCCUUUGUGCUGCGUGUGGAGGCCAGUGACAAGGAUGAGGGGGUCAAUGCAGAAAUCACUUUUUCCUUCGACAGCUCUUCCCACAGAGAAUGGCAAAUGUUUUCUCUGGAUCCAAACAGCGGGGAAAUUACAUCUCUAAAGAACCUGGACUUUGAAAAGACCAAGGACUACUCAAUGGUGUUGGAAGCGAGGGAUGGGGGAGGUCUGGUUACUCAGUGCACGAUUGAAAUUGAAAUUCUGGACGUUAAUGACAACCUUCCGGAAGUUAUAUUCACUUCCAUUUCAGCAACGAUUCCUGAAGAUUGUUUCCCCGGAUCAGUGGUAGCCUUGGUGAAAACACUAGAUCAAGAUUCUGGAGUCAACGGGGAGGUCACGUGCUACGUAGAGGGAAAUGCACCUUUCAGGCUAGAAUCCUCUUCCAAGAACUACUACAAGCUGCUGACAGAUGGGCCCCUGGACCGAGAACAGAUCCCAGAGUAUAACAUUACAGUCACUGCUACAGACAAGGGAAACCCUCCUCUGUCCACCAGCAAAACCCUCACACUGAACAUAGCUGACGUCAAUGACAAUCACCCUGUUUUCCUCCAACCUUCUUACGUUGUUUACGUCCCUGAGAACAACCCCUCUGCAGCCUCCAUCGCGAGGGUCUCAGCCUCUGACUCGGACCUGGAGGGGAAUGGCCGAGUGUCCUAUUCCAUCGUCAGCAGUGAUCUGGCCCCUCUGCCUCUGUCUUCCUACGUGUCGGUCAAUGGCCACAGUGGAGACAUCUUCGCUCAGCGCUCCUUCGACUACGAGCAGGUCCGAACCUUCGAACUGACGCUGCAGGCCUGUGACUCAGGCUCCCCAGCCCUUUGUGCCAAUGUCACUCUGCGAGUGUUCGUCUUGGACCGCAACGACAACGCCCCGAACAUCCUGUACCCGGCCCUGGGGCCUGACAGAUCGGCCCUCUUCGACAUGGUUCCUCGCUCGGCAGAGCCAGGAUACUUGGUCAGCAAAGUGGUGGCAGUGGAUGCAGACUCUGGACACAACGCCUGGUUGGCCUACCGCGUGCUGCAGGCCACGGAUCCGGGGCUCUUCAGCCUGGGGCUGCGCACAGGCGAGAUCAGGACUGCGAGGGUUUUGACUGAUCGAGAUGCAGCCCGGCACCGCCUUCUGGUCUCAGUGCAGGAUGGAGGCCAGCCCCCUCUGUCGGCCACUGUGGCUCUGCAUCUAGUCUUUGCAGACAGUCUGCAGGAGGCGUUGCCUGAGAUGAAGGAGCAGUCGGAAAAUCUACCCACACAAUGGAAAGUUAACUUUUUUCUGGUCAUUGCAUUGGCUUUAGUAUCUUUUGUAUUCUUCCUGAGCGCAGUGUUCAUGGUAGUUUUUAAGUGCCGAAAAUCCAAACAUCAUGUAGUUUUGGAUUCCUUUCCCACUGACCUUUACUCUAGCCUGGAUCCCAGAGUUACUAGUAAAUGCAUCAAUGGGACAUUGCCCUUGCCAUAUUCCUAUGAGGUGUGUCUUACUUCGGAACCAGGACAGAGCGAGUUCACUUUUCUGAAGACGGACCCAACGGACUUGAAGAGUAAUUUUCCUGCUGAAAUCAACUCCAAGGUUGGUGGUCAGCCAGAACUCAGGAACCAGAACUUUCCUUCUAAGCUAGAACCGGCGCGAGCACAUUCCUCGUGCAGUUAUUGGCUGGAACUCUGUGUGCCGCUGUCGGCCAAUGAAGAGGCUGGAGAUCUGGCCGCUGCAGCUCCCCCUCCCCUCGCUGUGCCCCGGGACAAGGCGCAGACUGAGGAGUCGGGGAACGAAUCAAAGGCGCCCGGAAAGCGGAAAAAGCAAUGUCCGACUUUGCGCCGAGCGCUCCAUUCCGAAAUUUCCGAGCGCGGGCUGACUGAAAUUAGCUUCUCCGAGGGAACCGCUGGAACAAACUGGGCGAAAGAAGUUGCUAUUGUGUGA